AUGACCUCCACAUUACCAGCAUUCACUGAUCUCAAUGCCACUUGGGCAUUCAUCCAGCCAGGGUUGGAGUUUAUCCUAGGCGCACAGAAUGAUCAAGGUGUUACUUCUACAAUGUACAUGAAUUGCUACACUGCCGUUUACAAUUACUGUGUCAACAAAUCAAGACGGGGGCUGACGUUGAGCAGCACAGAAAACAACUCCUACUCUUUGGCCGGGGCAGAGAUUUACAACAAGUUGGAAAUGUAUUUGGUUCAGUUUAUUCGUAAUCUCCGGAAAACCCCAAAUGAGUCGUUUUUGGAGUUUUAUGUUCGUCGUUGGACGAGAUUCACCAUUGGUGCCGUGUACAUGAAUAACGUAUUUGAUUAUAUGAAUAGGUACUGGGUGCAAAAGGAGAGAUCCGAUGGACGAAAAGAUGUGUUUGAUGUGAAUACUUUGUCCUUGAUCAAGUGGAGAAAUGAAAUGUUUCAACCAAAUGCCGAUGUUUUGAUUGAACAGGUUUUGGAUUUGAUUGAAAAACAGAGGAAUCAUUUGAUUGUGGAUACAAAUUUGAUCUCGAGUGCGAUCAAGUCAUUGGUUUACUUGAGCAUUGAUAUUCAAGACUUGAAAAAGCCAAACUUGAUCAUUUAUGUCAAUUCUUUCGAAAAGCCAUUUUUGGAAGCAACAAUGAAUUACUACACAAAGGAGAGCUCAGAGUACUUGGCAAAUCAUAAUGUUGUUGACUACAUGAAGAAAUGCGAGACUAGAUUGGCAGAGGAAGUGUCCCGAGCAAAUACGUUUUUGGAAGACCAUUCAAAGAAAGCGUUUGUCAACAUCCUCAACCAAGCAAUGAUUGAAAACCACGCUUCAGAAAUGUACGACCAAUUUAUAGUCUUGCUUGAGCAGAACCAGAUUGACCAUAUACAACGCAUGUAUAAACUUUUGACGAGGGUGCCCAAGACGUUGGAUCCAUUGGCUUCCGCUUUUGAAGAGUACAUCAAAAAGGAGGCCAAUCUCGCCUUGGAAAAGAUCAAAACACAAGCCGAAGGGGCUGAUGAAGGAAAGAAAAAGACUGGUGUUGAACCAAAAGUCUAUAUCAACACAUUGAUUGCAAUUUAUAACCAGUUCAAUGACAUUGUCAUCCAGGCUUUCAAUAAGGAUACAAAAUUUAUCAGAUCGUUAGACAAUGCGUGCCGUCAUUUUGUCAACAACAAUGUUAUUGCUCUUCCCAAACCACGAGCUGCGUGCAAAACCCCUGAAUUUUUAGCGAAAUAUGCUGAUGGGUUUCUCAAAAGUAAUGCCAAGGAUGCCGAUAUUGUUGAUAUGAAUGCAGACAACUUGAUGACCGUUUUUAAGUUUAUCAACGACAAGGAUACGUUUGAGGAGCAUUAUAGACGUUCCUUGGCAAAAAGGUUGAUCAAUGGUACAUGCAAGUCUGACGAGUUGGAGGAGAGUGUUAUUCACCGGUUACAAGAGGAAAACUCUAUCGAAUAUACGUCAAAGAUGACAAAAAUGUUUUCUGACAUGAAGGCGUCCGAGGACUUGAAAGCAAAAGUCAAAGACACGUUUGUUAAAGAGUUUAAUCCCUUGAUUUUGGCACAGAGUAUGUGGCCAUUCCGCCAUGUCGCCGAUUACGAUUUGAAAGUGGCCCCUGAACUAGAAGCGCCACUUGCCCAACUAAAAGAAGUUUAUACAAGCCAGCACCAAGGAAGGAAGUUGCAAUGGCUAUUCAACCACGGCAGAGCCGAGGUCAAGGCCAACCUUUCGAGAAAGGGGAAACCGCCUUUCCAGUUUCAAGUUAGUAAUGUGCAAUUGAUGAUAUUGAUGGCGUUUAAUAAGAGGCCCAGCUACGCGUACAAUGAGUUGUAUGAUAUAGUUGGCUGUAAUAGGACUGUAUUUGACAACCAUCUUAGCCCACUUAUAAAGUUUAAAUUGGUGGAGAGUUCGAGUGAGAACUUGGCUGAGUCUACUUUGAAAUUAGUUGAACAUUACAAUUCCAAAAAGGUUAAAGUAAAUUUUAUCAGUGGAAUCAAAUCAGUUGAUGUCAAGCAGGAGGAGGAAGAUGCCACGAGGGAAAUUAUUGCUGCUAGACAAACAUACUUGCAAGCAACCAUUGUUCGGAUUAUGAAGAGUAGAAAAGAUUUGGGAAAUGCCGAGUUGUUGAAUCAAGUGAUGGAAGUGUCUCAGUCGAGAUUCACGACGAGAGUGCUUGAUAUAAAGAAGCUGAUUGAUACAUUGAUUGAAAAGGAGUAUAUUCGUAGGGAAGGUGAUAAAUAUGUGUAUAUCAGCUAA